AUGCUCAAGACCGUCAACACCAUCAUCGACUUCGUGGAUGCGCGCCUGAAUGCCACCAUCCUGGAGGUCCUUGCAAACGGCGCCCUCCCCGCCCCCGCUGAGGACAUCAUGGCCUCCUACGACUUUGUUGCGUCCGCCUGGAAGGGGCGCAUCGCUUCCCUCAUCUCCUCCGAGGUGCCGGCCCCCUGCGCCCUGCCCGGCCUGCGCUGCCUGCACCUCACGGCGUGUCCGGCCGGCGUGGCCCAGCUGCUCCCUGCGCUGCGCGCGCUGCCGGGCCUGCGCUGCCUGCGUCUGGACGCCGCCAACGACGCCCUGGUCUGCGCCGCUGUGCGGGCCUGCCCCGGCCUUGCCUCCCUGCACCUGGCCGGCAGCGGCUCGGUCACUGGCCGCAGCGUGCAGGCGCUGUGUCACGGCGCGGCGCUGGCGGCCGCAGGCCGAGGGGACGAGGCCUGGCCGCCGCUGCAGCUGACCACGCUGUCGCUCGCCCGCACGGGCGUCGGGGCGGGGGAGCUCAAGAUGCUGUGCGCGCUGCGCACGCUGCGCACGCUGGACGCCAGGGGUAUCCGGGGUUCCGCCGCCGCGCUGGUCCCGCUUGGCGCGCUGCUGGGCCUGACGCAGGUCCAGACGGGGGUUCUGGCUUCCUCCGCUGCAGGGGCGCAGCUGGUGAUGGGCGGGCGCCUGGACUGCUCGUGCAGCAGAGAAGCAGAGCCAAGGUCGGCCGCGGUUCGCAAGGCGGCCUGCGUGCUGGCAUGGGCCCUUGUGGGCAUCCCCUGGGCGCUGCGGGAGCAGGCGCCGCCAGGCUUUGUCCUCGCUGUCGACGACGACCUUGGGUCAAGCGGCCACGAGCGGGAGACAAAGCGACGAAGGCGCCUGGCCCCGUGA